AUAGAUUGGUGCCGGUUCCUUGUCCCCCCGAUGCCCAUGACCUCCACAAUGCAUUAUAGAGCUUUGUAUGUCACGAAUUCUACUUUCAGUUAUUAUGUCUAGUCAUUUUCUUCCAACCUCAAUUUCAAUUAAAACAUGAUAACCUAGCGCCUCUAUAGAAUUUGAAGUCUGUUCAAGCCCUGGACCACAUCGCCUCACCUAGCACCUUAAACCUCGUUUAGCGGUAUAAUGUCCAAUAGGAAAUAUGAAUCCUUCUUCAGCUACAGCGUGUCUCGGCCCUUCCCGUUCCGUUGGUUUACGCCGGGUGCAAUAAUUGGAGGCAUCGUUUCCCUCGCUCUUUUUACUUUCUUGAACUUCGCUUCAAGUGGCUAUAAUCUGGUCGUGCAGAUUUCCUCGAAUCCUAACGCUACACUGUCCGAAGGGAACUGGCUCCAGCGUUGGCCAUCCUUCCUAACUGCCAAGGUCCAACCCACAUGCGAGCCCGCCAAUCUACCCGUGAAUAGCCAGAUAUUCACGAAUCAGACUGCGCUCACAUACAUGUUAACGAAUGUAUGGCAGCAUCAUGAGGCUACUGGGGAGCAGGUCGCCUCUCCCUCGCUCAGCUAUUACAACAAUGUUCUAGAGAAUUGCUCUGUUGCCUCGAUCGAAAUGAAUCUAGAAUCAAUGGAUCGAUCCGCAAAUCAAUUCGCUUACUCUGAAUGGGGUGCCCUCUUGCGAUCCUAUGCUACUUGCCAAAUAGCCACUUCUUCCGGUGUCGUCUUCUUCAAUCUCACACAAACUUAUGAAUACGUGCCCAGCACUGUCUCCUAUACGGAUAUUGGCAAAUUUCUCGGCAGCGGUUUUCUGAGCCGUAAUCAAACAACGCGAGCGAGCCUUUGGUGGGGUGAAUCGCUAAUGUCAACAUACUGGGGAGCUGUCACAUGGGAGAUGCAGCAAGAACGCGAAAACAAAACCGACAAUCAUGAGUAUGGGAUACGUAAAGGAACUGUCUCGUUCAUGCUCAACGGAUCUUUCUCUGACAUUAAGGACCUAAAAUACUUUAAUGCCGAUUAUCGGUUUAUUGUCGACAAGGGCGGUAGCUACUAUGACGUGAUCAGUCCAGGCGGUUUACCUAUGCCAGUGACAGCAGAGUUUCUUAAUGCGACGAGCGAGUAUCCUAAUAUUUGGACCAAGGCGGAUACUCUAGCCAAAUCGACCUAUUCAACCAUAUUGACGGACCUGGGUCAGACAACAGCAACACCCAACAUACUUAGCGACGCAACGCUCUUGACGUAUUUUACCUCCAAUAUUUCACAGAUAGAGAUGGCCAACUUCAAGGCCGGACCAGCAAACGAAAGUUUCGAUGACCUUAAUGCCACGACCGGGCCAUUACGUGUUACUCCAUCCGUCAUAUCAACCACGUACCUUUGCCAAGUCCCGGAACUCAAGUCCGCGGGCAACCUCAUCCUCGCAAUCAUCGUAGCUGACCUAGUACUGAUGCAGGGCGUGUGGCAAUUGUACAAGAUUUCGGCGGAGUGGUACCUUACCAGGCGUCAACCAACCGCGAACUACUGCCAGGGGUGUAUGAUCAUGUCUGGUGGAGAGCUGUCAGCACCUUCAGAGAGUUCUGCAACCACCGAAGGUGACACGGAAAAUUAUCCGCUCGUCGAAGUGUCUAAUCCCUCAACCAGAGAUAGUACCGUGUCAAUGCAUGCAGUAGAAGAGGGUCACCCUCGAGAGAUCCAAUCCCGUUGAUCAAGCCGUUUCAAGAAAACGCCGUUAUCCCUACUACACAAUAUCAUACGAGCCAUGUCUUUAGACGUUGUCAAGCACGGCCGUGCCGCGGGACACAAACGACUGAGACAGGGAUCAUAUAUCGGAUUCGUAUGGACUCGGACCAUAUUCAUUUCGAACGAUCUCUAGGCGGCGACCCAAGAAAAUUUCAAAAUCUCUUUUAAAAAACGGGAGAGAAGGUGCAGU